AUGGCUCCCUUAGUUGUUAAGUUUGAGGACAAAUAUACCCCAACCAAAGCCGAACCAACGAAAGAGGACAAGAAAGUUUUGAAGAGCGGUAGGCCGAUUACACUAGAAGAGUUAAGACGCAAGAAAAAAGCUCAAGAGGAACAGCUUCUCAAGGGGUCAAAGUCUAAAAACGAUGAAGAGGACCUAAAAAACGAUAUUGCACUGGAAAGAUUACUGAGCGAAUCACAUAUACUUGCAGAUACAAGAGGAAGUAUAUACUCGGGAGCGGAUCUCACACUUCAGACUCUGGACCAUGAGAACCCAGUGGGGAACGCCCGUGUAAGAGCUCUAAACAGUCGAAUCCAAAAAGUGGCGGAGGUCAAUGGGAACGGUCGGAAGAAACUUGAGAAAAUGCCGAUGGAGAUGCGAAAAGGAAUGAUUAAAGCCCACAUGCGGAAGAUCGAAAAGUAUGAACGUGAGGCAAAGGAUGCUGGAAUUGUGCUAGCAAAGAAAAAGAAAGAAGAAUUCAGACAGCUGGGUGAUCGUGGGGUCACCUCUAUCAGCACAAGAAUUGGAAAGGGUGUUAAGAAGGACAAAAGGAUUAGAGAUCGUGGCCUGAAAAUUAAUACCGUGGGAAAAUCGACCAGAAAUGGAUUGAUCCUUUCGCAGAAGGACAUUGACAAAAUUAAUAGGGGACGCUAG